UAUUUAAAAAAAGGGUAAUAUCCACUCAAUCCAAAUGAGUUUUCUAUAGACAGACAACAUCUAGGGCGGGUCAUGACAGUGAACCGAAGCAGUUGACGUCGCUGAACUUGUUCACAACAGCGUUCGCUCCUGACUGAACACGGCCGCCGGGGAUCUGACAAGUGGCUUUGAGGUUUCCUGUUUCUGGACAUUAAAAAACGACGUUAUUUUCAACAGGAGACUGUAGAAGGCAUUAAUCCAAUUACAAAGAUGAUUUCCAAACUGAGCCACAGCCUGAGGAGCGCUGCCCCGGCUCUGACCAGAGCUGUCCACUCUGGGACGCGUCCUGCCUCUACCGCUGCCUCCAAGAAGAUGGAGCAACCGCUCACCGCUGAGGAGGUGUAUGCCAGAGAGGAGAAGUAUGGAGCACACAACUACCACCCACUUCCUGUGGCGCUGGAGAAAGGAAAGGGUCUGUAUUUGUGGGACGUGGAGGGCAACAGAUACUACGACUUCCUGAGCGCCUACAGCGCAGUGAACCAGGGCCACUGCCAUCCCAAGAUCAUCGCUGCUCUGAACGCCCAGGCCUCCAAGCUCACCCUGACCUCCAGGGCCUUCUACAACGACAUCCUGGGGGCCUACGAGGAGUACAUCACCACCCUGUUUGGAUACGACAAAGUACUGCCCAUGAACACAGGUGUGGAGGGCGGAGAGACGGCCUGUAAGCUGGCCCGUAAGUGGGCCUACACCGUAAAAGGCGUUCCCAAGAAUCAGGCGAAAAUCAUCUUUGCAAAUGGUAACUUCUGGGGGCGAACCAUGGCAGCCAUCUCUAGCUCUACAGAUCCUAGCAGCUACGAGGGCUUCGGUCCCUUCAUGCCCGGCUUUGGGCUCAUCCCUUACAACGACAUACCUGCUCUGGAGAAAGCUCUGCGGGACCCUAACGUAGCAGCCUUCAUGGUGGAGCCCAUCCAGGGAGAGGCUGGGGUGGUGGUUCCUGAUCCUGGAUACCUCACCACUGUCAGACGACUCUGCACUCAGAACAACGUGCUGUUCAUAGCCGAUGAGGUGCAGACUGGACUGGCCCGUACGGGCAGACGGCUGGCCGUGGACCAUGAGGAAGUCCGUCCUGACAUGGUGAUCCUGGGAAAGGCUCUGUCUGGAGGAGUCUACCCUGUGUCUGCGGUGCUGUGUGAUGAUGAGGUGAUGCUGACCAUCAGGCCUGGAGAGCACGGCUCUACGUACGGAGGAAACCCUCUGGCCUGCGGCGUUGCCAUGGCAGCACUAGAGGUUCUGGAGGAAGAGAAGCUGGCGGAGAACGCUGAGAACAUGGGCCAGCUGCUGAGGUCAGAACUGUCAAAGCUUCCUAAAGAGAUCGUCCCCAUCGUCCGGGGCAAGGGCCUCCUCAAUGCCAUUGUCAUCAAGGAGACUAAAGACUAUGAUGCCUGGAGAGUGUGCAUGCGUCUCCGUGACAACGGACUGUUGGCCAAGCCCACCCACGGUGACAUCAUCCGUCUGGCCCCUCCCCUCAUCAUUAAAGACCACGAGGUCAGAGAGUGUGCCGACAUCAUCCAGAGAACCAUCAUGUCCUUCUAGAACCACCCGGGAACUUAUUCUAGAACCACCCGGAACUUAUUCUAGAA